UUGAGCUAUGACUUGAUCAGCGGUCUCUCGUUCCUCCACACGCACAACGUCGCGCACCGCGAUGUGAAGCCGGCCAACCUGGUGUACACCGCCGACUAUCGUCUGCAGAUUAUCGACUUCGACAUCGCAUUGCGGGUGGUGGGCGAGGACGAGAUGAGGGAAGGCUUCUGCGGCUCGGCGGGCUGGACGGCACCGGAGGUUGGCAAGACGUACAGCCCCAUCCGGGCGGACAGGUGGUCAUGCGGUCGGGUUCUGGAG